AUGUCGUGCUCCCACAGACAAUGGCUGUACCCAAGACAAUAUGUUGCUCCCACAGACAAUGGCUGUACCCAAUAUGGUGCUCCCACAGACAAUGGCUGUACCCAAUAUGGUGCUCCCACAGACAAUGGCUGUACCCAAUAUGGUGCUCCCACAGACAAUGGCUGUACCCAAUAUGCUGCUCCCACAGACAAUGGCUGUACCCAAUAUGCUGCUCCCACAGACAAUGGCUGUACCCAAUAUGGUGCUCCCACAGACAAUGGCUGUACCCAAUAUGCUGCUCCCACAGACAAUGGCUGUACCCAAUAUGCUGCUCCCACAGACAAUGGCUGUACCCAAUAUGCUGCUCCCACAGACAAUGACUGUACCCAAUAUGCUGCUCCCACAGACAAUGGCUGUACCCAAUAUGGUGCUCCCACAGACAAUGGCUGUACCCAAUAUGCUGCUCCCACAGACAAUGGCUGUACCCAAUAUGCUGCUCCCACAGACAAUGGCUGUACCCAAUAUGCUGCUCCCACAGACAAUGGCUGUACCCAAUAUGCUGCUCCCACAGACAAUGGCUGUACCCAAUAUGGUGCUCCCACAGACAAUGGCUGUACCCAAUAUGCUGCUCCCACAGACAAUGGCUGUACCCAAUAUGCUGCUCCCACAGACAAUGGCUGUACCCAAUAUGGUGCUCCCACAGACAAUGGCUGUACCCAAUAUGCUGCUCCCACAGACAAUGGCUGUACCCAAUAUGCUGCUCCCACAGACAAUGGCUGUACCCAAUAUGCUGCUCCCACAGACAAUGGCUGUACCCAAUAUGCUGCUCCCACAGACAAUGGCUGUACCCAAUAUGCUGCUCCCACAGACAAUGGCUGUACCCAAUAUGCUGCUCCCACAGACAAUGGCUGUACCCAAUAUGGUGCUCCCACAGACAAUGGCUGUACCCAAUAUGUUGCUCCCACAGACAAUGGCUGUACCCAAUAUGGUGCUCCCACAGACAAUGGCUGUACCCAAUAUGGUGCUCCCACAGACAAUGGCUGUACCCAAUAUGGUGCUCCCACAGACAAUGGCUGUACCCAAUAUGUUGCUCCCACAGACAAUGGCUGUACCCAAUAUGCUGCUCCCACAGACAAUGGCUGUACCCAAUAUGGUGCUCCCACAGACAAUGGCUGUACCCAAUAUGUUGCUCCCACAGACAAUGGCUGUACCCAAUAUGGUGCUCCCACAGACAAUGGCUGUACCCAAUAUGGUGCUCCCACAGACAAUGGCUGUACCCAAUAUGUUGCUCCCACAGACAAUGGCUGUACCCAAUAUGGUGCUCCCACAGACAAUGGCUGUACCCAAUAUGGUGCUCCCACAGACAAUGGCUGUACCCAAUAUGGUGCUCCCACAGACAAUGGCUGUACCCAAUAUGUUGCUCCCACAGACAAUGGCUGUACCCAAUAUGGUGCUCCCACAGACAAUGGCUGUACCCAAUAUGUUGCUCCCACAGACAAUGGCUGUACCCAAUAUGUUACCCAAUAUGGUCUCCCACAGACAAUGGCUGUACCCAAUAUGGUGCUCCCACAGACAAUGGCUGUACCCAAUAUGGUGCUCCCACAGACAAUGGCUGUACCCAAUAUGUUGCUCCCACAGACAAUGGCUGUACCCAAUAUGGUGCUCCCACAGACAAUGGCUGUACCCAAUAUGGUGCUCCCACAGACAAUGGCUCCCACAGACAAUAACUGUACCCAAUAUGGUGCUCCCACAGACAAUGACUGUACCCAAUAUGGUGCUCCCACAGACAAUAACUGUACCCAAUAUGCUGCUCCCACAGACAAUAACUGUACCCAAUAUGUUGCUCCCACAGACAAUAGCUGUACCCAAUAUGGUGCUCCCACAGACAAUGGCUGUACCCAAUAUGUUGCUCCCACAGACAAUAACUGUACCCAAUAUGGUGCUCCCACAGACAAUGGCUGUACCCAAUAUGGUGCUCCCACAGACAAUGGCUGUACCCAAUAUGUUGCUCCCACAGACAAUAACUGUACCCAAUAUGUUGCUCCCACAGACAAUAACUGUACCCAAUAUGGUGCUCCCACAGACAAUAACUGUACCCAAUAUGUUGCUCCCACAGACAAUAACUGUACCCAAUAUGUUGCUCCCACAGACAAUGGCUGUACCCAAUAA